CACCGGGAGUGUUCCCAUACACUGACCAAAAUGGCUGCCUAUCUGGGCCGGGUGCGGCGGUGAGCCGGUGUUUGUUACAGGGGAUGAGGUGGAGGAGGAGUCACCGAGCCGGCAGUGAGUCAAAAGACUGCUCACAAUGGACACAGGUAACGACAGCUUUGUGCCAUCUAUUACUGAACUUGAAGGAUAUCUCACCGAGCACAAUUCCAAUGUGGUAUGGCUGCUUGUUGCUACUAUCUUAUCCUGUGGAUGGAUUAUUUAUCUAACUUAUUACAAUUCCCGCAAUAUUGGACUCAUUUUAACACUGGUAUUAAAUAGGUUGUACAAAGAUGGAUACAUCCAUAUUGGAUCGUUUUCCUUCUCUGUACUUUCUGGAAAGAUUAUGCUGCGUGAAAUCUACUACAUUUCAGAGGACAUGUCAAUUAGAAUACAAGAUGGAUUUAUUAUAUUUCGAUGGUGGAAAAUGUAUAACCCAAAACAAAAACAGCAUGAUCCCAAAGCAGAGACCAGGCUGUACAUCACAGUGAAUGAUUUUGAGUUCCAUGUUUACAAUCGGUCUCAUUUGUAUGGACACCUCCAGGAUGUAUUUGGCUUAGACCCGACAAUAUUUCCUCCCAGGAAGGAAGAUGACAAGGUUCGCGAGAAUGGAAAGCAAAAAGCACAAUCUGUACUUGAAAGUGGAAAGGUCAAAAUAGAAUCCCCAGAACCGUCCUCAUCUUGGAGGUCUCUCAUACCAGUGAUUAAAGUGAAUAUCAGCACCGGGAGGUUGGCCUUUGGAAAUCAUUAUCAGCCUCAAACUGUGUGUGUAAAUUUUGAUGACGCAUUCCUUACUUACACAACUAAGCCACCCUCAAGUCACCUGGACCAGUUCAUGCACAUCCUGAAAGGCAAAUUGGAGAAUGUCAGAGUGAUGCUAGUGCCGAGUCCGAGAUAUGUGGGGCUUCAGAACGAUGAGCCUCCUAGACUCAUGGGAGAAGGGUUUGUGGUCAUGCAGUCUAAUGAUGUUGACAUCUACUACUACAUGGAUGAGCCAGGACUUGUCCCAGAAGAUUCUGGAGAAAAUGUUGAAGAGGAAAGCAACACAGAAGAUUCAAAACUGCAGGAUUUGCCGCCUUGUUGGGGUCUAGACAUUGUCUGUGGAAAGGGAACAGAUUUUAAUUACGGACCAUGGGCAGAUAGGCAGAGGGAGUGCUUGUGGAAAUUCUUUUUCCCACCAGACUAUCAGGUCAUGAAAGUUUCUGAUAUUCCACAGCCUGGAAAACCAAGACAGAUACAGGCAUUUGAAUUAAGAAUGAACAUAAUAGCAAAUGCUACUAUAGACCUGCUUUUUACAAAAAAUAAAGAAACAAAUGCUGUACAUGUGAACGUGUGGGCAGGAUCUUACUUGGAAGUGAACAUCCCUAUGACUGUCACCGAAAAUGGUUAUUCUCCCACAAUCAAAGGGCAGUUGUUACAUGUUGACACUACGACUAGUAUGCAGUACAGGGCACUACUUGAAGCAGAAAUGCUUGCCUUUCAUAUAAAUGCCAGCUAUUCCAGGGUGUGGAAUAUGCCCCAAACAUGGCAAUGUGAACUUGAAGUCUACAAGGCGACAUACUACUUUAUUUUUGCACAGAAAAACUUUUUUACAGAUCUUAUUCAAGACUGGUCCAGUGACAGUCCUCCAGAUUUGUUUUCCUUUGUCCCAUAUACAUGGAACUUAAAGAUCAUGUUUCAUCAGUUUGAGAUGAUCUGGGCAGCAAAUCAGCACAAUUGGAUAGAUUGCUCAACAAAGCAGCAGGAAAAUGUGUAUCUGGCUGCCUGUGGAGAAACAUUAAACAUUGAUUUUGCGCUGCCAUUUACUGAUUUUGUUCCAAGUACGUGCAGUACUAGAUUUUCCUUAAGAGGAGGAGAUGUAGACCUGCAUUUGUAUUUACCUGACUGCCACCCCAGUAAAUAUUCACUGCUUACAUUGGUAAAGGACUGUCAUAUACAUAAAACUUGCAGUUCAGCAGAGAAUCAAAGCGGGCAAAAAACUUGCAAACCAAAAUGGAGAAAUGUAACAAAAGCUGGGUCUGGUUGGGUGGAGUGCUGGACUGUUCCCUCUGUUCUGUUAAACAUCGACUAUACCUGGCAUCCAAUAUAUCCACAAAAGGCUGAUGAACAACUAAAACAGUCAUUAUCAGAAAUGGAAGAAUGCAUGCUUUCAAUGCUGAGGCCUUGUCAGAGAACAUCAGAGAGAGUCACGUCUCCCACCUCUUUAAGCAGACCUGCAGUUGAUCCUUCUGAACUGCCUCCCGAUAAGCUGCAUGUGGAACUAGAGCUCUCCCCUGACUCCCAAGUUAUUUUCUAUGGACCCCUUCUGAAGGCCUUUGUGUCCAUAAAGGAAAAUUACUUUGGAGAGGAUGACAUGUACACAGACUUUGAAGAAGUGAUAUCCAGUCCUGUGUUGUCCAUGUCAACAUCGUCCAAUUCUGGCUGGACUGCACUAGGUAUGGAGCAUGACAAGAAAGACCGCGAUCAGAUGGCUAAAACCAUCCAUCCAUUGUCACUGAGGCCAUGGGAUAUCACUGUACUUCUCAAUGUGUACAAAGUUCAUGCCAAGCUACCAGUGCACUGCGGUAGUGAUGGACCAGAUUUCCCGACUACUUAUCUGGAGAGACUCUGUUUUGAGAUGAAGAAAACUUACAGAGAAACGUUUCUUCAACUUGUCCUGUCCCCUGUGUACAUAUUUGUCAAUGACAACUAUCAGAGGCCAGCAGUGGAUGGGAUGCUUCGAGAAGGUCACAUUAGCCUCUCUGGCUUACAGUUACGUGCACAUGCAAUGUUCUCUGCAGAAGGCCUACCCUUAGGUACUGAUAUUCUGGAGUAUGGAUGGCUGAUUGAUGUGCAGGCUGGUGCUCUUAGUGCAGUGGUCACCACACCACAACUGGCGUGCCUGCUGGAUUGGGGGCAGACCUUUGUGUUCCAUGUCGCGUGCAAUGAGUUUCAGCUGGAGAGGCCAAAAUCUGUGGUGAUAUGCCAGCAUGGUAUUGAUCGGAGGCUUUGUGAUGCAAAGCUGCGCUGUUACCCAGGACCAUGCCUUCCAGCUGAUAACUUGAAGUACAGAAUGACUCGUCUAUCAGCAGAUGGUGCAGAUAUUUACAUUGUCGAGCACGGCUGUGCUACAAACAUUAAAAUGGGUGCUAUUCGACUUGCAAAUUGUAACCUCCAUAACCAAGCUGUAGGUGAAGGUAUUAGUGCAGCUAUCCAGGAUUUGCAGCUGAGACAGUACAUUGAACAGUUGGAUGGCAGCAGAUUGGGACUCCAGCCUUCAGUUUUACGCAGAGCUUAUUGGCUGGAAACUGGCUCUGUGGUUUUAGGGCUUAUUACAGCAGAUAUAGCCCUAGCUGCUGACCAUUCUUCCAAACAUGAGGUCCAAAGGCGCUUUUUGGAAAUUCAUGACAGCAGAACUAAAAGGUUGUGGUUCCUAUGGCCUGAUGAAACUGUAAAGAACAAGAGGAGUAGAAAUAAGUGUGGUUGCUUGGGAGGGUGCAGGUUUUUUGGUGGCACUGCCACAGGGCUUGACUUUUUCAGAUUGGAGGACCUGACCCCCUCCAGUAGCUCUGCAUUUUCAAACACCAGUUCUGAGUCUGAUAUGUACUAUGGACAGUCUUUACUGCAACCAAGUGAAUGGAUAAUUACUAAAGAGAUUCAGAAAGCUGGGGAAGGUAAGACUAAUUGCUGUAGACGAAAGGAAUGGGACUCCAGGUCUGUGGUUAUAGAGAUCGAAAGAAAAUCGCAGCACUUAAGCCUACAAGUCCCACUACGUUCUCAUAGCUCAUCAUCUUCUGAAGAGAACAGCAGCUGUAGUGCUGCACUUCCCUUGCUGGCUGCUGAUAAAGACAGCCCAUCUUCUGUUACAGAGGAAAGCCUUGAACAAGUAGACUAUCCACCUCGAGCAAAAUCACAAGAUUCCCAUAGAAGUGUUCCUGUUGAAGCUUCGGGAGGUAGCCCUGUUUCCCCAAACUCUCAGGACAGAUCUGUGGUCCAUUCUCCACUCCGAUCUCCUUUGAAGCGUCAGGCAUCUGUAUGCUCAACAAGACUGGGCAGCACUAAGAGCCUGUCUGCUGCCUUUUAUGGUGACAAGGCCCCAGGACCUGUUGGAGUUCAGUUUAGUAGUGAUGUCUCACGUAGUGAUGAAAAUGUCCUGGACUCACCAAAGCAGAGGAGAAGUUUUGGUUCCUUUCCUUACACUCCAUCAGCCGAUUCCAACUCCUUUCAUCAAUACCGUUCAAUGGAUUCUAGCAUGUCAAUGGCAGACAGUGAAGCGUACUUUUCUGCAGCUGAGGAGUUUGAACCUAUAAGCAGUGAUGAAGGCCCUGGCACAUAUCCUGGAAGGAAAAGACGAAAAAGGCAGCCUCAAAAUAUUGACUACAGUCGGAGUUCAAUAUACCACAGUGUAGAAGGUCCUUUAACUGCUUCUGUCCCUGGAGAAGACAGACUGGAUGCAAGAAUGUUGCCAAUCCGAACUCAUGCUUCCCAGGCUUCAUUUGUGUCUGCUUUAGGAGGGGAAGAAGAGCCCUUGGAGCAUACAUAUACAGUGGAAGCUGAGAAACCCACAGACAAUGAACAGACUAAUCAGCAGCCUGUAAUAUCUUGUUACCAGAACUAUCUGAGCCAGUUCCAGGUGUUUAACUGGUCUGUUAAACACCCCACAAAUAAAAGAACUUCAAAGUCUUCCCUGCAUCGACCUUUAGAUCUAGAUACGCCGACUAGUGAAGAAAGUUCAAUGUCUUAUGAACAGCUCUGUGUCCCAACCUUUAAGGUUGUAAAACAAGGCCUUUCAGCCAAUGCUUUACUUGACAGAGGGAUGCAACUCAUGGGCACUUCCUCCAGCACACCUUACACUCCCUUGGAGAAAAAAACUAUGGACAACACAGAUGAUGAAACAGUAACUGAAGAAUGGACUCUAGAUCAACCCAUUUCUCACACAAGGACCACAGCCAUCGUAGAAGUAAAAGGAGCGGUGGAUGUUGUUCUGAGUCCCCUUGUAGCGGAAGUACUAGACAGGUACAUUGAGGCGAUGGUACAUUUCACCAGCACCAGACAUCCAGCUGCGAUUGUUGAUGACCUACAUGCGAAGGUGCUAAAAGAAGCUGUGCAAGACAGUAAAACCACAUUUUCAGAAAAUCUAUCGUUAAAGCAAGAUAAUAAAUUAUCCAAACCUGAGAGUCAAGUUAAAGGAAGCACAAAUCAAACACAGACCAAAGGUGGACUGAACCAAGAUAAUGUGAAAAUCAAGGGGCUCCAAGCCAAUGUCUCAAUACCCAAGGUGAAUUUGUGUUUGUUACAAGCAUCCAUUGAAGAGUCAUCUAAUAUAACUGCAAAUAAAAGUGUCACACAUGUGUCUUUAAUCGCGCUUUGCUUUGAUAGAAUUGCUACACAAGUCCGAAUGAACAGAGGUGUAGUAGAAGAAACGGCAAACAAUCCAGAGACCGGCCGUCCACCCGUAAACUUGGAGAAAUAUGCCAAUGCUACAAAAAUGCAGCCACAGUCAUCUGGGUCAUUGAGGUCUAAUGCCGGAGCAGAGAAAGGGAAAGAAAUAGCCGCCAAGUUAAAUGUUCAUCGAGUACAUUGUCAGCUCAGAGGCUUGGAUACAUCUGAUGUAGGAACCUGCGCAAUCACCACUAUUCCCUUUGAAAAAUCAAAGGUUCUUUUCACGCUGGAAGAAUUAGAUGAUUUUACAUUUGUGGAUGAAACUGAACAGCCUCCGACUACCGAUGUAACCCGCAUUGGCCCAAGUCAAGAAAAAUGGGGAUGGAUAAUGUUUGAGUGUGGAAUUGAAAACUUGGUCGUUAAAGGCGGGCGACAAUCUGGGGCCCUCUUAUACAAUUCCUUUGGUGUAAUGGGGAAAUCUAGCACCAAUGACCGCAGUGGAAACCUUAAGUCUAAUGAUUCUUCUGAUUCACCCACUGGAAGUGGGUAUAGCACUGAUGUGUCUGAUGAUAAUAUUCCAUGUGAUGGCAUGAGCCCAUCCUCUGAUAUCAAUGGAAAUUCUGUGUCGGAUGAACAAGAUGAAGGUGUUGAAUCAGAUGACUUAAAAAAAGAUCUUCCCCUGAUGCCUCCUCCUCCGGACUCAAGCAGCAUGAAGCUAACUAUUAAGGAGAUUUGGUUCAGCUUUGCAGCUCCGACAAAUGUACGGUCUCCAGCUCUUACUUUUUCCAGACAACUAAACCUGCUUAGCACUGCAACCCCAGCUGUUGGAGCAUGGUUGGUCCCUAUUGACCAGUUAAAAUCUUCACUGAACAAGCUGGAAACUGAAGGAACUUUGAGAGUCUGCGCUGUCAUGGGUUGUAUCAUGACCGAAGCCCUUGAGAAUAAAAGUAUUCAUUUUCCCCUGAGAAGCAAGUACAACAAACUCACGAAACAAUCACGUUUCCUUCAAGAAAAUCCAUCCUGCCUACUUUGUAACCUGCUUCAUCACUACUUACAUCAAGCCAAUUACUCCAUCAUUGAAGAUGCCACUUUGGGUGAUGGCCUUCCUGCUCUCGUCACAUUGAAAAAAGGGCUUGUUGCUCUUGCUAGGCAGUGGAUGAAGUUUAUUGUUGUGACACCAGCAUUUAAAGGGGUACGUUUGGUCAGACCAGCCCAACCACUGAAGCCACAAAGUACUCUGAGGAAAGAUGAGGAUGAUCUGAAUGGUUUAGAAAAUGGAGGAGCUCUGCAAAGUGAUACCAGUGCAGAUGGGGCUGAGUUUGAGUUUGAUGCAGCAACUAUCAGUGAACAUACCAUGCUUCUUGAAGGGACCAAUACGCGGCCUCCUCCUGCAGGUGUUUCUUCUGGUCCUGUGAGUGGGGCUGAAAUCAUAAGGAAGUUGUCAAAAUCUCAUGCUCAUACUGAUUCAGCUUUGAAGAUUAAAGGGACCCACCCGUAUCAAUCUUUGAGCUACACUAGUGGAGACACAGCAAAUGAUUCUCCUGCCCAUGUCAGCAGAUCGGGUAUGCCAGUGAAAGAAAGCCCAAGGAAAGAGAGUCUUCUGAGCUACUUGACUGGGAGUUUCCCUAGCCUGCACAACCUCCUGGAUGGGACACCACAGAGAAAUGCUGCCGCUGUUAAAAGCAGUUCUCUUACCAGGACAGGGAAUCCUGUGGCCACAGAAAUGUUAUCAGAACAUCCUUUAUUGUCUGAACCAUCCUCUGUGAGCUUCUAUAACUGGAUGUCAAAUGCAGUGGGUAAUAGAGGCAGUGUGGUACACGAAUCACCCCUCAUCAAGUCUGGACACAACAGUCUUCCAACAGGAACUGCACAUAACCUGCCAACUAUUCCGUCUGCUUCUGAUUUCAAUACUGUACUGUCCAGCGAGCAGAACACAUUAGAUGAAACGCAUUCUCAGCACAGCACUAGUCAAGAGGAUAUAGCAGGGAUUGAAGAGGGCAACCAAGGAUUUCCUGCAGUCCAGCUCGCAGAUGCACAGGUGGUGUUCAAGCCUCUGCUCAGUCAUACCGGCAUCCAGUCACAAGAUGUUGUACCACUCAGCUACAGGAUGUAUUUUGGAGAACAUUUGUCCUUCUCUGGCACACUUGACUGUCUUAGAGCUGACAUAGUUGAUUCAGAUACAUCAAAGGAAAGAAGAAGUAAAAGAGCGAGAAGGCAAGGAGCCAUAAACCUACCCCCUCUUGAAUUCAAGCCAGCUUUGAUGCUAGAAACUUUCAGCAUCAAUGCAGUGAUAAUGGAGAAAUCCAUGUGCACACCUCAGAAUUCCACCAGUGCUCUCUCCUUUCAUGAUCUCAGCAAGAGGUACUACAAUACCUUUCACUGCAACUUUACCAUUUCCUGCCAGUCCAUCAGUCAACAUGUAGACAUGGCUUUGGUACGGCUUAUACAUCAGUUCAGUAAUAUGAUUGAUGAUAUAAAAGCAACACAGACAGAUAUCAAACUAAGCAGAUAUACAGCCGGCUCAGCGUCACCAACACCUACCUUCAAGACUAGAAAACACAGGGACUUUCGAUCCUCUGAUUUCAGCCGUAGCUCUCGGGGCAGUUUAAAUGGUGGAUAUAGGGUGAAUAAUAUGAAGAACAAAAGAGCCAACAAUGAUACCAACAAAAAGGAGUCUCGGAACAAAAACUCUUUGGGAAGGUCAGAAAGGAGAACCUCCAAAAUAUCCCGAAAGGGCUCAAAAGAUGCAGUAGAUCAUAUGGCAAUUCAUAUGGAUGACUCUGAUUCCAUUACUGUGUCUGAACAAAGUGAGCCAUCGGCCGAGUGCUGGCAGAACAUGUACAAAUUACUAAACUUUUACUCUCUAAUCUCUGACCCCACUGGAUUUUUGGAAAAGUCAUCAGAACCACUUGGCCCUGCAGGAGGGAGGAGUCCUUCAGAGCCCACAUGCAAAGUGGUGUUUGAGAAUGAACAGGACAGCAAUAGCUUAAACAGGAGUCAGAGAAAACGCAGCUUGAUUGCAGCUGAGCCACAGCAUGUCACCUUGAUAGUUUUUGGAAUAGGCAUGGUGAAUCGCACCCACCUAGAAGCUGACAUUGGAGGCCUGACAAUGGAAUCUGAGCUCAAGAGGAUUCAUGGGAGUUUUACUCUAAAGGAAAAAAUGAAAGAUAUUCUGCAUCAGAAAAUGACGGAAACCUGCGCUACGGCCCACAUUGGUGGUGUCACCAUUGUUCUUCUGGAAGGCAUUACACCAAAUAUUCAGACUGUGGUAAAAUGCAGCAUUGCAAAAUCCCAAGCCCUUUAUAGUGCUCAAAGAGGCCUGAGGACAAGCAACGCUGCUGUGUUCAAAGUAGGAGCAAUCAGCAUAAAUAUCCCACAGCACCCAGCAACUCUGCACAGCAUGAUGGUCCGCAGCUCUCACCAGCUCUCAAAGCAGAUCUCUGAUCUCAUCCGGCAGCCAUCGACAGUGGUGCCCCCAGCAAAGGAGGAUGUUGCCACUCCCUUACUCUCUGAAAAGACCCCCACAAGUGUAAACCAAACUCCUAUUGAAACCAAUGUGUUUCCUCAGCUCCCUGAAGGCCUUGAGAAGAAGCCUAUUGUCUUAAAAUUCAGUGCUAUGUUGGAUGGGAUUGCUAUUGGAGCUGCACUCCUACCAUCUCUUAAAGCAGAGUAUAAAAUGGGAAGAAUGAAAAGUCAUGGAAUGACAGGUGCCCAAACAAGGUUUACAUUUGAGCUGCCAAACCACAGAUUGCGUUUUACUUCAAAGGUAUCCGCUACAGAUAUGUCUACCAUUCCCCCAUCCGCAAGUCUGAAUCUUCCUCCAGUCACAAUGCAUGGUAAAUACAUCAUGGAGGAACAUGACAACUACUCAGAUCAGGCUUGGAAUAUGGACGACCUUCCUGCCAAGCAGAGUUACUAUCUACAAGGAAAUUAUUUGCGUUGCGUGGCUGAGGUUGGGUCGUUUGAACACAAUCUUACUACUGAUUUACUGAACCACUUGGUUUUUGUGCAAAAAGUCUUCAUGAAAGAAGUCAAUGAAGUUAUACAGAAAGUCUCAGGCGGAGAGCAACCAAUUCCUCUCUGGAAUGAACAUGACGGCACCACAGAUGGAGACAAACCAAAAAUCCUCCUUUAUUCCCUCAACUUACUUUUUAAGGGCAUUCAAGUAACAGCUACGACUCCAUCUAUGAGAGCAGUCAGAUUUGAGACUGGACUAAUAGAACUGGAGUUGUCAAAUCGGAUUCAAACCAAGGCCGUGCCUGGAAGCAGCAGCUAUUUGAAGCUCUUUGGGAAAUGUCAGGUUGACUUGAACUUGGCUCUUGGGCAGAUUGUGAAGCAUCAGGUUUAUGAAGAGGCUGGAUCAGAUUUUCAUCAAGUUGCCUAUUUUAAAACUCGCAUUGGCUUGCGCAAUGCAUUCCAGGAGGAGAUCGGUGGUUCAGCAGGCAGAGAAGCAGUACUUAUUACUCUAAGUAGACCGAUAGUCUAUGCACAACCUGUGGCCUUUGACAGAGCUGUGCUCUUCUGGCUGAAUUACAAGGCAGCAUAUGAUAACUGGAAUGAACAGCGACUGGCACUAAACAAAGAUAUUCACAUGGCGACUAAGGAGGUAGUGGACAUGCUGCCAGGGAUUCAACAGACAUCUGCACAGGCGCUGGGAACGCUCUUCCUUCAACUAACAGUUAAUGAUCUGGGAAUAUGUUUACCCAUCACAAAUUCCCCACCGGCAAAUCAUACAGCCGACUUUGAUACUGGUUCUGCCUUGGUGCUCACAAUAGAGAGCACUCUAAUCACUGCCUGCUCUUCUGAGUCUUUGGUGAGCAAAGGGCACUUCAAAAACUUCUGCAUUCGCUUUGCUGAUGGUUUUGAAACCUCAUGGGAUGAUUGGAAGCCAGAAAUUAGAACGGACUUGGUUAUGAAUGCAUGCGUGGUUCCUGAUGGAACUUAUGAAGUUUGCUCUAGGACCACAGGACAGGCUUCUGCAGAAAGCAGCAGUGCAGGCACAUGGACCUUAAAUGUUUUAUGGAAGAUGUGUGGCAUUGAUGUGCAUAUGGACCCAAAUAUUGGUAAAAGGCUUAAUGCUCUUGGAAAUACUCUAACCACGCUGACUGGGGAAGAAGACAUAGAUGACAUUGCAGACCUAAACUCUGUGAACAUAGGUGACCUGUCAGAUAAAGACGAAGUUGACAGCAUGACUCCCGCAGUAUAUGCAAACUCAGAAGCAGUUUGUGUAAAUGGAGAAAGCCUCAAACUUACCUUUGGUCAGCGACUUGUAAAUCACCUACUUGGCCUGAACCCCAAACGUCAACGUUUCUCAGUCCCUGCAGAUUAUCUCUCUGGUUCAGAAAUAUCUGACUCCGUUUCUGUCGGGUCACAUACGAAUGCAAGCAGGUCUCAUUCAUGGGCAAAUGAGACGGCAGACUACAGACGACCAGGGCAGUCUGGAUGUCAGACUGUAGAUCCCCGAGGACGGAAGUUUGUGAAGCGGCUUGUUGAUAUACGAGAGCUGAAUGAACAAGCCAAAGUUAUUGAUGAUCUCAAGAAACUUGGAGCAAGUGAAGGAACCAUAAACCAGGAAAUUCAGCGGUAUCAACAUCUUGAGUCCGUGGCGGUUAAUGAUAUCCGUAGAGAUGUCCGCAAGAAGCUGCGCAGGUCCAGUAUGAGGGCUGCGUCACUGAAGGAUAAGUGGGGUCUUGGAUAUAAACCUAGCUAUAAUCGUUCCAAGAGCAUCAAUGCAUCUGGAAGACCACCUUUAAAACGAACAGACAGAGCAAGCUCAAGGUUAGAUGGUGAAGAACUUCCUGAAAUACGUAUCGAGGCUGCUUCCCCUGCUGGUCCAAGAGUGACCUUCAACAUUCAGGACAGUUUGAAUAAUACAGUUUUAGGAAUAAAUCGUCAGUCUCGAUAUUCUGGGGAGGAAGGGUAUUUCAAGUUUCCAGAGGAGGUAGAUGGUGCUCUGUUGUCAGUUUCCAUUGAUGGUCCAUCUCAUUACCCAUCCAUUAGUGAUGGUUCACAUUCCGUGUUCAGUUCCCCCAACACCCCACACGUGUUUUCACCAGGCAUUCCUUUCCAGACCGAAGAAAAGAGAGAGGACACUACUUCAUCAUCAUCAGAAGAGUCCGAAAAAGAGGAAGAACACGACAGAGAAAAGAUGUAUAUUUACAGGAAGCCUCAACCGAACAACCGGAGGAAGUCUUCUGGAUUUGCCGCAGUCCAUCAGCUUUUUACAGAACGCUGGCCAUCUACACCAUCCAACCGAAAUGUGUCCAGCACUGCCACUGAAAGGAACAUAGACUUUGAGCUAGACAUAAGAGUGGAAAUUGACUGUGGAAAAUGUGUGCUACACCCAACAAUUCUCCAGCCAGAUCCUGAUGACAUAAGUUUAAAAAGGAGUUAUGACAGAAGUAAUCGAAGCCUUGAUCAAGACUCUCCAUCUAAAAAGAAAAAGUUUCAAAAUAAUUAUGCAUCUACAUCUCACUUACUGGCUGGAAAGAAAGUGCCAACGUCUCUACAAACUAAAACCAGUGACUCAGAAACCACAGUCUUUUAUAUUCCUGGAGUUGAUGUGAAACUGCACUAUAACUCAAAAACCCUAAAGACUGAGUCGCCAAACGCCUCAAGAGGAUCAUCUUUGCCAAGAACCCUUUCAAAAGAAUCAAAGCUGUAUGGUAUGAAAGAUACUGCAUCAUCUCCUUUACCUUGUUCUGUCCAAAGCAAGACUAACACCUUAUUACCACCCCCUCCCCCACCUAUCUCCUCAGCCAAAGGAAAGGGAAGUAGUGGUGUGAAGACAGCAAAGUUAUAUGCCUGGGUCGCCUUGCAGUCGCUGCCUGAAGAAAUGGUUAUCAGUCCAAAUCUGCUUGACUUUUUAGAGAAGGCUCUGGAAACUAUACCAAUCACACCGAUUGAAAGAAACUAUACAGCAGUAAGUACGCAGGAUGAAGAUAUUGGACAGUUUGACCUCCAAGAUCAACUAGAAGAAUCAACGACCUCAUUGGUUUCAUCUUCAACUUCUGCCUACUCAUCUUUCCCUGUUGAUGUGGUUGUCUAUGUUAGAGUUCAGCCCUCCCAGAUCAAGUUUAGCUGCCUGCCAGUUUCUCGCGUUGAAUGCAUGCUGAAGCUUCCAUCAUUAGACCUUGUCUUCUCCUCAAACCGAAGUGAACUAGAAACACUAGGAGCAACCUAUCCCUCAGAAUCCAAUGUUGGUAACCAGUCUAUGCCGAGUGGAUCAAAACCAGGCCUAAACAAAUUGGGGACAGCAGGGCCAUCACCAGGACUGGGAAGCCCUCUUGGAAGAACACGGCACAGCAGUAGUCAGUCAGAUCUGACCAGUUCUAGCAGCAACUCAUCAGGGUUGAGCUUCACAGCAUGCAUGUCUGAUUUUUCUCUCUAUGUGUUUCAUCCUUAUGGAGCUGGCAAGCAAAAAUCUGCUGUUUCUGGUCUUGCUCCAGGACCCAGUGGCUUAGGACAAGUGGAUGAGGAGCCUACAUCAGUGACUGGACGCAAAGACUCCCUCAGUAUUAAUCUGGAGUUUGUCAAAGUCAGUUUGUCUAGAAUGAGACGCUCUGGUGGAGCAUCUUUCUUUGAAAGUGUGUCCCUUAAUAAAACAGCAAGCAAAAUGGAUACCACAUUAAUAAAUAUCUCAGCUGUCUGUGACAUAGGCUCUGCAUCAUUUAAGUAUGACAUGCGCCGUCUCAGUGAAAUUUUGGCAUUUCCAAGGGCAUGGUAUAGAAGGAGCAUUGCAAGAAGACUUUUUCUUGGUGAUCAAACGAUCAAUCUACCAGCUUCUGGACCUUGUACUCCUGAUUCUGUUGAGGGAGUAAACCAGCAUCUCUCUCCUGAAUCUUCUCGGAAAGCAUACUGUAGAACAUGGGAGCAGCCCAGUCAGUCAGUCUCAUUCAGCCACAUGGCACAGUCACCCAAUGUUUUCAAUGAACACGCACAAAGCAACAGCAUGUCUCCUGCCUCCUUAAAAUCUCCAGCUGUGGCUAGAUCUAGAAGUGUGUCCGACUCCUCAGUGCCACGUAGGGAUUCCGUCACUAAGACCUCAACACCUUCAUUUAGCAAGGCCAGCAAACCAUCAAGCCAGCAGGGGUCUCCAUGGGAAACGCUUGUUGUUUUUGCUAUCAAUCUGAAACAGUUAAAUGUUCAAAUGAAUAUGAGUAAUGUUAUGGGAAAUACAACAUGGACCACAAGUGGACUAAAAAGCCAAGGCCGUCUGUCUGUGGGAAGUAACCGAGAUCGGGAAAUCAGCAUGUCUGUAGGCCUAGGAAGAUCUCAGUUGGACUCCAGAGGGGGAGUCGUCGGUGGUACAAUAGACGUUAACACCUUGGAAAUGGUUGCUCAUAUUUCAGAACAUCCCAAUCAACAGCCCAGUCAUAAGAUCCAGAUCACAAUGGGCUCCACUGAAGCGCGUGUUGAUUACAUGGGAUCCAGCAUCCUUAUGGGAAUCUUCAGUAAUGCAGACCUAAAAUUACAGGAUGAGUGGAACGUUAACCUGUACACUCCACUGGACACAAGCAUAUCUGACAAAAGUGUAAUAUUUAUCCAUGGAGACCUGCAGUGGGACAUUUUUCAGGUGAUGAUAUCACGGUCAACCACUCCGGACCUCAUUAAAAUUGGAAUGAAGUUGCAGGAAUUUUUCACUCAGCAGUUUGACACAAGCAAGCGUGCACUAUCCACAUGGGGGCCUGUUCCGUACCUGCCACCGAAGGCCGUUGUCACCAAUUUGGAGAAGAACUCACGAGAACAAUUGCUGGAUGCUGCUCACCAUCGUCACUGGCCAGGAGUACUGAAGAUAAUAUCUGGUUGCCACAUAUCCUUGUUUCAGAUUCCACUCCCAGAAGAUACUGUUCAGUUAGGAGGCUCAAUGAGCCUACAUGGCAAUCAUAUGACUUUAGCAUGUUUCCAUGGGCCCAAUUUCCGGUCGAAAUCUUGGGCAUUAUUUCACCUAGAAGAGCCAAAUAUUGCAUUUUGGACUGAAGCGCAAAAAAUUUGGGAAGAAGGAUCAAUUGACCACUCAACGUACAUUGUACAAACCCUCGAUUUUCACCUUGGACACAACACGAUGGUCACAAAGCCCUGCGGUGCACUGGAGAGUCCUAUGGCAACAAUCACUAAAAUCACACGAAGGCGUCAUGAAAACCCACCACAUGGAGUAGCCAGUGUAAAGGAAUGGUUUAAUUAUGUCACUGCUAUGAGAAGUGAAGAGCUGAACUUGCUUCGCAAUGUUGAUGCAAACAAUCCAGAGAGCAGCACUGCAGUGAAAAAUGCAAGUUUGUUGAGCGGUUUUCAUGGGGGAUCCAGUUACAACCAUGAGACAGAGACCAUCUUUGCUUUACCUAGAAUGCAGCUGGACUUCAAAUCAAUACAUGUACAGGAUCCGCAAGAGCCCACAUUGCAAGAUGUUGACAGCAAACCAAAAGUGGAAUGCAGUGUGGUGACUGAGUUUACAGAUCACAUCUGUGUCACAAUGGAUGCAGAGCUGAUAAUAUUUCUGCAUGAUCUGGUGUCUGCAUAUCUGAAGGAAAAAGAGAAAGUUAUUUUCCCACCGCGAAUCUUCACUACUCGUACAGGGCAGAAGAGUCCUGUGAUACAGAUUGAUGAUGGUUCUUCUGAGAAGAAUAAAGAGGAGAGCCCUAAUUACACUUAUGUGGACUGGAGGGAGUUCAUGUGCAAUACAUGGCAUCUGGAGCCCACACUUAGGCUCAUAUCUUGGACAGGAAGGAAAAUUGAUCCAGUGGGUGUUGACUACAUACUUCAAAAGUUGGGUUUCCACCAUGCAAGAACCACUAUUCCCAAAUGGCUUCAGCGUGGCGUAAUGGAUCCUCUGGACAAAGUCCUGUCAGUCCUCAUCAAAAAGCUUGGAUCGGCUUUACAAGAUGAGAAGGAAAAGAAAGGAAAGGACAAAGAGGAGCACUGAACAUGUAUAAAAUGUGAACAAACCGAAAUGAUCAAAUGAGUUCCACUUGUUUUUAUAUUGUACAGUAAAAUGUUUUACUAUGGGCUUGGAAGUGAGAAACUGCUAUUAUCUCUCAUCCCUGUGGACUGUUUUGAUGCAACUCUUCCUGUGAGCCCUUAGUUGUGAUAUUCUACUGCAAUGUGUAUACAUCUCAGUGUAAGGCGACGUCCACAUGACCGCCAUAUCUGCCAUCCGGGUCCGCAUCCAUAUGUCUAUUCCACAAAUAUAGAACAUGUCCUAUUCUCCUUAUUGCAGAUGAGUAUAGACAUUUCUAAUGAUGGGAAUGACAAAAAUGCGGAAUGCACACGGAAGGGAUCUAUAUUUUGCAGAUCGCAGUAUGGACAGUGUCUUGUGCAUGAAGCCUAAGGCCUCUUUCACACGGGCGUUGCGGGUGACGUGCGGGAAAACAUGUGGGUGCGUU